AGCCAAUUUUUGAUUUUCUGCGUUAGAAGGAAUUACCAAAAAGAGGCGGGGAAAAGACAUAGAAAUCGCCGAGGCGCCUUUCGUUGGCUAUUCCGUAACGGAGCCCCCAAGCCGCGCUCAGGCGGACGCCAUUCGGACAUCAAGGCGGAGCGCUCGAUAGCCGCCGGGAAACCUCAGCUUCACGUGGAGCACCGAUUUCGAAUACGACCCCGGCUCCAUUUAAAACGAGUAAUUUCCGAGCACCUGCUCCUCAAACACAUCCCGGCCGCCACCAGGAGCUUCACGCUGAAGCGGUGCCACGAGAGCCUGGCGCAGGCCGAGCCCUUCUGCCACGCAAGAUUUCUGCACACUACGCUGCCUCGGAAGGGCCUGGAGGAGUUCUUCGAUGACCCAAAAAACUGGGGAGAGAAAACAGUGAAGUCUGGGGAUGCAUGGAAUAUAAAGCAGCUAAGGGCCAAGAGCAGUCAAGACUUGCACAAACUUUGGUAUGUCCUACUAAAGGAAAAGAACAUGCUUUUAACUUUAGAACAAGAAUCAAAACGACAGCAGAAGCCCAUGCCAAGUCCAGAACGAUUAGAAAAGGUACAGAAGUCUAUGAAAAAUAUUGACUUGGUUGUCAGAGAAAGAGAAAUUGCUCUGAGACUUCUACAAACUGGCCAUGAAAAGCCAGUACCUGGAGAGUGGAGAAAUGACUUCUUGGGACGCACCUACUGGUAUUCAUACAAGGAAUGGCCAAUACCAUGGUAUCUGAACAAAAAAUACAAAAAAAGGAAAUUUUAUUAUUUACCUCAUGUGAACCGCUUCAUCAGGCUUAGACUUGAAAAAUACUUACGUCUAAGGAACAGAAGGCAAAACUUAGAGAAGAAGAAGCAGAAACUCUUAGAAAAAAAGUUUCCUCACCUUGCUGUAAAAUCUCAGAGCCAGUAAUAUCCUGAAGAGUGCUGCAAGCAAUUGUCUGAGUAUGUUUGUGACCGGAACAUGGAAGCAAGUUCUAAAACUAGUGAACAACUUGACUGAGCAUUCCUUCAUGGCCUCCAUCUUUAUUUUAUCUCACACUUAACCUAAAUUUAAUUUGUGAUUUGAAAUUAAAAAGCUACUUCGGUAUGUAAUUCAAAAAUUGAUUGUAACACUUGUUUGUAGAAACAUUUGCAAAGUUAUACCUUAACCAACUACUAUAAAAGUGAAUCAUACCUUA